CCGCGGACAGGGGGGCGGGGCGGCAGAGCUCAGCGGCUGGGCCUGGAGAACGGCAGCGGCGGAGGAAACGAGUAGAAGCGGGAGUGGCUCGGAGUUGCCGUAUCGGACGCGGGCACCAGGAAAGGAGAAGCGCAGAGCGGUUUUCGUAGCCGGUUCGAGAGAUGCCGGUGGCAGUGACUGGCUGCGGCGGGCCCGCCUCCCGGGCCCUUCGCCUCUGCCGCCGCCAUUACGGAGCUCCCUGUGAGCUUGUCAAGUAAUAAAGUCAAGCGUGUGAAUAGGAGCGUUGUAAAGAGACAGAGGCAGGAGUAGUAAAGUGAGGACCUCAGGACCGAGUUUUGGUACCUAAUUGACCACUGUCUGUGACCGAGGACGAGCCCCUUAACCUCCGAAGGAGUGUUCUCUCCAGCGCAGAGGACUGACCAGGUUGACUUUUCACCACACUGAAACCAUUAGGAAAAAUCCUUGUGGUUAACAGCAGAGGCUUCAGAGUGUAACCUGUACUCGGGCCUAGAAAUUAUUUUAAAUGGCGACUGAUAUGUCUCAAGGUGAACUCGUCCAUCCUAAGGCACUCCCACUUAUAGUAGGAGCUCAGCUGAUCCACGCGGACAAGUUAGGUGAGAAGGUAGAAGAUAGCACCAUGCCGAUUCGUCGAACUGUAAAUUCUACCCGAGAAACUCCUCCCAAAAGCAAGCUUGCUGAAGGGGAGGAAGGAAAGCCAGAACCGGACGUAAGUUCAGAGGAAUCUGUCUCUACUGUAGAAGAACAUGAGAAUGAAACUCCACCCGCCACAUCUAGUGAGACAGAACAGCCAAAGGCAGAACCUGAGAGUGAAGAAAAGGAAGAAAAGAAGUCCUCUGAGGAAACCAAAAAGGAAGAAAAAGAUCAGCCUAAAGAAAAAGAGAAGAAAGUGAAAAAAACAAUACCUUCCUGGGCUACUCUUUCUGCCAGCCAGCUAGCGAGGGCCCAGAAACAGACAGCGAUGGCUUCUUCCCCACGCCCCAAGAUGGAUGCGAUCCUAACUGAGGCCAUUAAGGCAUGCUUCCAGAAGAGUGGUGCAUCAGUUGUUGCUAUUCGAAAGUACAUUAUUCAUAAGUACCCUUCUCUGGAGCUGGAGAGAAGGGGCUACCUUCUGAAACAAGCACUGAAAAGAGAAUUAAAUAGAGGUGUCAUCAAACAGGUAAAGGGGAAAGGUGCUUCUGGGAGUUUUGUUGUGGUCCAGAAAUCCGGAAAAAACCCUCAGAAAUCCAGAAACAGAAAGAACAGGAGCUCUGCAAUGGAUCCAGAACCACAAGUAAAAUUGGAGGAUAUCCUCCCACUGGCCUUCACUCGCCUUUGUGAACCUAAAGAAGCUUCCUACAGUCUCAUCAGAAAAUAUGUGUCUCAGUAUUACCCUAAACUUAGAGUGGACAUCAGACCUCAGCUGUUAAAGAAUGCCCUGCAGAGAGCAGUAGAGAGAGGCCAGUUAGAACAAAUAACUGGUAAAGGUGCUUCUGGAACAUUCCAGCUGAAGAAAUCAGGGGAGAAGCCCCUCCUUGGUGGAAGCCUGAUGGAAUAUGCAAUCUUGUCCGCCAUUGCCGCCAUGAAUGAACCGAAGACCUGCUCCACCACUGCUCUGAAGAAGUAUGUCCUGGAGAACCACCCAGGGACCAAUUCUAACUAUCAAAUGCAUUUGCUGAAGAAAACCCUGCAAAAGUGCGAAAAGAAUGGGUGGAUGGAACAGAUCUCUGGUAAAGGAUUCAGCGGUACCUUCCAGCUCUGUUUUCCCUAUUAUCCCAGCCCAGGAGUUCUAUUUCCAAAGAAAGAGCCAGAUGAUUCUCAAGAUGAGGAUGAGGAUGAAGAUGACUCAUCAGAAGAAGACUCUGAGGAUGAAGAACCUCCACCUAAGAGAAGGUUGCAGAAGAAAACCCCAGCCAAGUCGUCAUGGAAGGCUGCACCCAUGAAGCAGAGAGGGUCCAAGCCUGGACCUAAAGUCCCAGCUGCCCAGCGAGGGAAAGCGAGGCCCCUGCCCAAGAAAGCCUCUCCCAAGGCCAAAACUCCUGCCAAGAAAGCCAGACCCUCACCCUCAGUCAUUAAGAAACCUAGUGGUGGCUCUUCAAAGAAGCCUGUAGCCAGUGUGAGGAAGGAAGUGAAGUUGCCUGGCAAGGGCAAAUCCACCGUGAAGAAAUCUUUCAAAGCAAAAAAGUAAAUUUUAUAGGAAAGAAGGGUAUUGUGAUGAAGUUUAAAAUCUUAUUUUCUAAGGUCGGUGUGCAUUUGUUUUAGUUUUGAUGCUUUUAAAAUACAUUUUUCCCUCCCCUCUAAACUUGUGAGGAGGGAAUAGAAAUAAACCAGUUUAGGUAUUUGUUAGCUUUAGGCACUGUCUUUGGUGCCUGCCCCUUCCCGCUGUCAUUUUAAUUUCUGCAAUAAUUCUGGACUUUCCUGAGCUGUAUAACCUACACUGUCCUUUUUCUCCCUCCACCCAACCCUUUUUUUUUUUUAAAUUUCUUCCAGCUUUAUCUAAACAGUUGCAAAGAUUUUUAUAUUUGUAGAAAGCAUCGAGAACAGAAUGCUGGUCAGGUGCUGAAAGAGAAAAGAAGGCAUAUAGCACUGACUGAAUUAUAAAGCCUUCUUCCUGGAGACUCCAGCUAUAGCUAUAAUAAUUAAUCUUAUUUAUAAAACCACUCCACUAACCCUUUCUCUCUCACUAUAAACACAGAGAUGUCUUAGCUUUGGGAAUAAGCCAAAAAUGUUAUGGUUUAAUUAGAUUCUGAAGAUGCACGACUCCUUUGGGCCACUUUUCACAUCGAUCAUUUACAGGUGGUACCUUUCUCUGGCCCAGGGCAUUCCAUUCCCUUACCGGUGAGCACAAGUUCUCUCCGCCAUUGGUUUCUGACUGAAGAGGAAAUAAGAGAAUAUUGAAUUUGUGAUUUCUGGUGUCACCUGUGUUAGCAAAACUCAAAACAUAAAAUCUUGAUCAAAUGUUUAAAUAUAUUUUUUAAUAUUGGGAGCAUGAAUUCUCACUUCUCAUUUGUCUUUUUUUAUAAGGAAAUGUUGGAGAGUUACAUGAUUGCUAAUGUGGAAAUGUUAAGUGGAAAAACAAACACUUUGCAAAAUAAACUUGAUUCCAGAUCCAUCGUGGGUUCUUUUCCCCUCCUUCCUUUGCUUAGCACUUUCAAUAUCAAGCAAGUGGCUUCCUUUUUGAGACUUUUUUUUUUUAAAGAAAUGAAAUGAAGCCCAACUACCUAAUCUCUUAUUUGUAUUUGUUUUAGUAUUGUGAAGUUGUGUUAAAUAGUACUGGCUUUCUACUUGAGAAAUACUGAUUUUUGGUUACCAGUUAUCCUCCCUAUGGCACUUGACAUUUUAAUUGUCUUAAACUAUUUGGUGUACGUCUUCUGGCCCGUGUGCUGCCAGAAGCACAAACGGUUUGUUUCAUUCAUUCCACUUGCGUUGUCUCCUGGGAUCCCAUCUGCAGCCUGAAGCAUGGCUGGGAAAUGGACUUGAGAAGGUUGGCUUGAAUUAGAUUCAUAAUUAUGUGUGGUCCCAUCAUGAGUUCAUUGGAAUUUGUGUUGCAUGUAAGGCAAUCUUUCCUGUUGUAAAUCUUCCUUUUUUUAUGUACAUAUAUUUUGAAAAAUAUGAAUAAACAUGAAAUUUUAAAAGCUGCUGAACUGUAGCUUUACAUUUAA